AAACUACUAUUGUGGAAGCGGUUUGUCACAAUCGUGGUUCAUCUCUGGCAGAUUGAAGUUGUGGAGUGCAAUGUGGUCAAAAAUGUGUUUUAAAAUGUUUGUGAUAAAGUUGUGUUUGUUUCAAAUUUUCGUGUGUAAAUUGGUAUUGGGUGAUUGGGUAGAAAUUCCACAAUCUGCAAAAAAGUCUUAUUUAGUAACACCUUAUAGUCCAUAUGUCUACACACCUUCUUUAAUUUUCACAUCAACCACAGAGCAUUAUGAAACAAUGCAACCUUUAUCUAAACCCAAAGUGAUCAAAACAGACCUGAAAAAGUCCAUAACCAAAAUGCCGGACGCAGUUUUACGAAAAACCACGACUGAAAUACCAUUCAUUGAACCUCCGACACGAAAACCCUUCAUUAAACACGGCCAUGUAAACAAAGUAAACGCAUCAACAUUGUUUAACAGCCACCUAAAACGUCCCAGUCUACACGACCGAUUAAAAUAUCCCACUACAACCUCGACGAGUGUUUAUUCUUCAGAAAUUCCCUCGAUUAGCAACAAAAAUUUUCAAGUGGCCCACGAAGACGCCGAUUUCGAACUAGACGACGAUUACGAACAGGUUUAUGACGACGAUGAAGAUAAUUACCCCGAUGAGAAUGAUGAUACAAAUGAUGACGGUCCUGAAGACCCUGAUGAUCCUGACCAUGAUGAUGGAAUGGAUCUAGACCCAUCCGAUGUUGGUGAAGAUAAUCAGGAUGAACCACAAGAUGGAGAUGAUGUUGAUGAUGAAUAUUAUGACGAUGAUGAGUAUGAGGAUGAACCGAUACCCGUGAAUGAGCCAAAGGGUAACAGACAAUCACAUGGAUCACAACCACAUGCAAAUGACAAUUUGAAUGGAUUUAGUUACGCCAAUUUAAUGCCUUAUUUGCAAAAUAUUCAAAGUACCUUGAUUCGUACCUCGCAUUCUAAUAAUGUGAAUAGUAAGGUUUCAUUUUUGACAGAUAUUAAGAACCGUUUACUUUACGCGAUUCAAUCUAGAAUUAGUUCAAUUUGGGAACCAAGAAGUAAGCGUAAAACAAGAGCUACAAGAGGAGAUGUGUGGGAUUCAUGGGAGAAAGGAAGUGAACACGGAAUGGAGUUCCCUUCAAAUGAGGGCGCGUUGUUGACGCUAGGAUUUCUUACUUUUGCUGUUUUCUUAAUUAAAUGUAUUCUGAAACUUAUCCAUGCUAUCAAAGGAAAACAUUCUGAUAAAGGCACUACGCAAAUUAUUAUACAAAAUGGAACAGUCGCUCCUACUACUUUUCGAUUUAAAAGAGAAGCUUUUGAUGAUUUGGAAAUUGCCAAGUUUAUGGCCAACCUUGAUAGUUACGAAUAUAAACCCCACUGAGUUCAAAGUCUUUGUAGUAAUAAUACACAAUAUAUUUAAAUAUUUAUUUA